CCCAACCACAAUACCUGCUUAAUCAUCCUCGAGUAACUAGACAAUUGCAACAAAUUAAAGGGUUAAGAAGUCCCAUGUACGUUCCAUGUGUUUUAAGAAUGACCAAUAACGGAGUAAUUCACAGCCCUACCCAAAUGAGAUCAUAUUCCAAUUCACCGGAAUUAAUCGUGGGCGGCGGUAGAAACAAUAAUUCAUCACCUUCUCCUAAAGUACCACACCAUAUUGAUAGUACCAUGGAACCAAGUUAUAUUACGCAAUUGCAAAUGUUUGGCCAGGGAGAUACCUCGUCAUCACGGGCAUCCAUAAAAUCCAUUGACUCAAAUAUGUCCAUCGAAUCAGGAAAUAGUUCUAUGUCUGGUCAUCAACAUCCACAAUACUUGUCCUCGGGCAACAAAGGUUAUGAUCACCUAUUAAAGGCCCCACCUACAAGAAGACAUUGGGUCAAGGAUGAUACCGUAUUGAAAUGCUCGAUUCCUACUUGUCCUAAAGUUUUUAAUUUCUUUGAAAGAAGACAUCAUUGUCGUAAAUGCGGUGGGAUUUUUUGUAAAGAACAUACUUCACAUUUGCUUUACAUUAACCAUUUGGCGCAAUUCACCACGGGUGGAAGAGGAACUUUAUCUAAGGUUUGUGAUAAUUGUAUUGAAGAAUAUAAUGAAUUUAUCAAGAAGGAGUUUGGAGUUAAUGUCAGUACCCAUCCUCCAUCAGUGAGUCCCAUGGCCGCAGAAACAUACACUGAAACACAGCCAUCACAACCGCCUAAUCAAUUCAUUCCGUUGGCCAGCGCAAACAAAUAUGUGCCUCAACCUUACACUGGUCCUGUUUCACCAGAGCAGCAAGCACAACAACAACAACAAUAUCAACAACUGCAAUUGCAACUGCAACAACGUCAGCCUUCCCUAAGUGAACAAGUGGUGGGCAGUGUUCCUGCCAACUGGAGUUGGAGUUCAUUCUAAAUAAUACCCCUUAAUGUCGUUUUCAAUUCUUUUCACUUCAGCUUAUCCUUUUGUAAUUUGUUUUUGAUUUGUUGAUAUAUUGAUAUAUUUAUUAUUAUAUAGGCGAUACACUUUUGAUUUGUGAAAGCUUAGUUAUAGAAUAUGCUACCAUAUUAACAGUCGGAUCAAUGUCGGGUUUUUCUUUUCCUGCAGAUACCGCCAGCAAAAAAACCCUGGCAGAAAUAAACACCGUGUAAGUG